UUCUUCUGGAUUGUUUGCGUGGAAUAAUUACUCCCUCAAAUGUCUUAAAGCUUAUAUUACAAGCAUGUUUUGAAAGUAUAAGUAGAAAGUACUUGCGUUCAAAUGUAGGGAAUAACUGUGACCCUGGAAUGCACCUGUCUACGCAUGCGUACCAAAUGCUAUGGCUGUAUAUCGUUGAAUGUCCUCUUUCGUUAGUAUUUAUUUACCUUUACAGUACUUUACAGUAAUCUUACUUUAAUCCUGUAAACCGACAGCAUUGUGUUUAAAAUAACAUUAGAUUGGGGCAAAAACUCGUUAACAGAAGUUCCCGUUUUAGCCCGUUUGAUGGAGUUAAUGUAGCAACUGGCACAAGCUAACAGCUGGCGCCAGCAGCCGAUCGGAUAAUGAUCAAGUUCGUGCUAAUGGUGAACCGACAGGGUCAGACCAGGCUGUCCAGGUAUUAUCACUCUGUGGAGCUGAGCAGAAGAGCAGCUCUUGAGGCCGAUGUAGUACGCUACUGCCUGAGCCGCAAGAAAGAUCAGUGUUCCUUUGUGGAGUACAAAGACUUUAAAUUGGUUUACCGCCAGUAUGCUGCUCUGUAUAUCGUGGUGGGCAUCACAGACAGUGAGAAUGAGCUGUCCAUCUACGAGCUGGUUCAUAACUUUGUGGAGGUCUUGGAUAAAUACUUCAGCCGGGUGUCUAAUGUGUAUUUCUCCCUACAGAGUGAACUGGAUAUAAUGUUCAAUCUGGAUCGAGUUCAUAUCAUCCUGGAUGAGAUGAUCCAGAACGGACACAUUGUGGAAACAAACAAGAGCCGCAUCCUCGCACCCCUCACCGCUAUUGACAAGAUGGUGGACAGCUAACAAAAAGAAGAAAGGAAGUCACGGACUGUUCUUCAGGCCCAGGACUGGCCCGCAGCUUACAGUCUGAAUUUAGAAUCUGCUUAAAGGUACUGAUGUUAAAAUAAUAAUAAAAAAAACAAAAAACAACUCAGUGCCCACAUGUACUCUGGUCAGUAUAUUAAUACACAUCUGUACAGUGUAUCCAGAUGUUCGAGCUGCACAGCUGAGAGAAGGAAGCCUCCCCUCUGAAGCUGGCCAGUUUGAAUUAUUCAGGAAGAAAACCGGUUGUGUGAAUUUAGCGGGGAAUGAAUUACUUUUUUUUUUUUUUUUUAAAUUUGCCUUUCGGGGUAUUGGCAGACCACAGGAAUUGUUUUGACUGAGCUGGCCACACAUGUAAAAUAUCUGUAACAAACCAAAAUGUAAAGACAUUUGGUGGUAUUUUUUGUAUAUUUAUAAACCUAAAACAUUAAUAAAUUCCUUUUUAAAGAAGCUAAUAUGUAAUAAAACAAAAAAAAAAAAAUUCUAUAACUCUAGUUCAUUUUUUUUAAAUAUAAUAUCCUAAAUACUGAAACAACAUCUGUAUGAUAAGUUUGCAAAAAUUUUUUAGAAAAAGGCUACAAAAUAAAUCUCUAAAUCAAUUACAUCUCUACGCGGUGAUUCUCAGCAACUGGACUGCUGUAGAUGAUGAAUCUGCUUCAGCCUCAUGCUGGUUGAAGUGCGGUUGUAAUACUGAAACACUUAAACGUGCAAACGAAAUGAAAAAAAAAAAAAUAAUCAAAGAUUCAUAUUCUCCCACAGACCACAAGACUCAUUCUUUACUUCAUACUUUGCAAACGUUUUAAUGAUUAUUUUUUUGGAGCAUACACAUUUGAAAAUAUCUGUUUACCUCAAACUGCAACUUGAGUUAAAUAAAUGUUUAUAAUAUACAAAGAAAAUACAGGGAUAGCAGAGCUUUCUUUUUUUUUUUAAUCUUUCUCUUUAGAUGUGCCUUGCACACAGCCAGUGUUUUUGUCUCUAUAGCUUCAUUGUAAAACAAACACCAAAGGCUCUCUGACCUUUGACCUUUACAACUGGUCAGUAACAACCAGAGAACUGUCGCACACACACAAAAACAAAAAGCAAUAAAUGGGGGGAGGCGGGGAUCCAUGAACAUUUCAGGGAGGAGGAAGUGAAAACAGAAGCUACGAGUCAAACCAGGCACCAAACUGAGAGCAGACAGGAGGAGGAGAUCAGCACACACACGC